CGCUGAGCUCACUUGACCUUGGCCUGGCUUUGUCCUCGUGCUCAGGACCCCACCGAGCGCGCUGGGUGCCGCCGCUGCGCCUACGCCUACUGUGCUUCUAAGCCUACACCACCUGCACCUGCACCUGCACCUUCACCCGCACCCGCACCCCCGCGACCUGCAUCUAUCUCCAACCCACCCGUCCUUCGGGUCUGUUCAGACCUGUGUCAAACUUCAAGAUACUUACUCUUACUCACUUACACCACCCGCUAGACCUUCAGCCCUUGACGGGAACGUUUUGGAACCCCCGAGACCCCUUCGAACGCUCUGUCUUCCACCCACCUGUCACCCCAACUCGGUUCUGGUUCCGGCCUGAUCACCCAUCGAGCAAACGCCCGUCAUCCUCUUUCGCCCGACGUCGGCUGUGCGCUCGCUGCUGCUGAUGCUGCUGCUGCCGGACGCGCGCUGACUGACCCGUGCAAGGUUACGGACCCUUUCCAUUUCUUCUGGACCCUGCUGCCGUCGCGACAACCUCUCUCUUACACUUCACUCGGCUCUAUAACCUUAUUCGAGCCCUCAUUUCGCAAUCAUGUUCGACGUCUUCGCCCACCUCUUAUCCUCGAUCGCAUCCUUCCUAUUCCCUCUGUUCGCCUCAUACAAGGCUCUCAAGACCUCCGACCCCGCCCAACUGACGCCAUGGCUCAUGUACUGGGUCGUCCUCGCCUGCGCCCUCCUUGUUGAGUCCUGGACUGAGUGGAUUCUCGUCUGGAUCCCCUUCUACGCCUACAUCCGCCUCCUCUUCCUUCUCUACCUAGUCUUGCCCCAGACCCAGGGCGCCCGCAUCAUUUACCAAACCCACGUCCAUCCCUUCCUACAAAAUAACGAGGCCCAGAUCGAGGAGUUUAUAUCUGAGGCCCAUGACCGCCUCAAGGCCGCCGGCAUCGCCUACCUCAAGCGCGCCAUCGAAAUCAUCAAAACGAGCGUGCUCGGCUUGCCCCCAGGCGACCCCGAACCCGCGCCCCAGCCUGCUGCCGCCGCCGCCCCAACUCAGACUUAUACCCAGUCGCUCCUCGCCCGGUUUAGCGUUCCCACUGCGCGCUGGGCUCCUGCGGGCCACGCUGGCUCUGACUUUUACAAUCUUCUCGCCGGCGCCGUGUCCGCCGCCACCAGCGCCGCCGCGGGCGGCGCUGCGCCCGGCCAGCACCAGGACCUCUCCAAGUCGGGCUCCCUUAUUCCGCCCGAGCUGCAAGGCGGUGAGAGGACGAGCUUCAUUGCUGCCCAGCGCGAGCGUCUCGCCUUCCUUAUCAAGGCCCUUGACCGUGAGGCCGCCGCGUCCGAGACGGCCUCGGCCGAAGCGUUUGGCCGUCCUGGCAGCAUGCAGCUCGACGGCAGCGAGGAGGAGCCUACACAAAGGCCGCCGAGCGCGCAUAGCGGGCUGAGUAAGUCGCGUAGCGAGACGGACUUUGAAAAGAUUGAUGCCGAGAGCGGGGCCGAGGAUAUCGGCGGCGACGACGAGGACGGCACUGUCCGGCGGAGGCAGACGAGCGGCGGCGGGGGAGGAUCGUCGUGGAUGCCGUGGGGCUGGGGCGCGACGCCGACGGCCGAGAACCCCGAGGGUGGGUCCAGCUCAGGCUUGCAGAAGUGAUUGAUUGCAGCGCCUCCGCCAUGUC